AAGUCCAUAUCUACACCAAGGUGCUCACAUGGUUUCCUACUUUUAUUUCCAUACCCCCCUACAAAAGUAAAAUCUCUCCCUAAAAUUUCUGCCCAAGAAUCAACUCUCUCUCUCUCUUAAUAUUAAUCUUAUCUUUUCUAUUCUUUUCUGAACAAAAUCUUAUCUUUCUUUAUUCCAAAAAAUUCUCUAUUUUUCUAUAUAAACCAAAAGGCACACACUUUGGCUCAUUAUAGCCAUUGAAUUGUUCAUCUUAUCUUUGAGCGAUUAAAGUUACCAAUUGACAAAAAGAUUUCGACUUUCAGACACCCUUUUGAUCGAAUUUUGAAUCUUGAAGAUCGUCGUCAUGAAAGGCAAGGGACAGAGUCAGAACAUUUUUGUUAGGAUCAUGGUGUCGCCAAUUAGGGCACUUGGAAAAGCAAGGGACAUGUAUGUGAGGAGCAUAAUAAAAUGUGGGGACAGCAUGAACUAUAGUAACCCCAUGGAUGCUGCAAACAGAUUCUCAGCUUUGUCUAGAAGCCAUAGUGCUGCAACAUCAAGAAGAUCUGAAGUUAAUGAUGAGGAUUUUGCUGAGCUCAUGAGGGCUGCUUCUGCUAGAACUUUGGCUAAUAGAAUUGACGUGGAUUAUGUCCUAAAACAGCAGCAUCAGCAUGUUCAUCAUAAUUCAAAAGGGUUACCAAAAUCUAGCAGUGUUGGUAUGGCUAGAAUUGAUGAGGAGAAUGAUUAUGCAGAAGGUAGUGUUGGUGGCGGUGGUGUUGGUGGCGGUUUUGGUGUGCCUGAAUUGUAUCCAAGAAGUAAGAGUUAUGCUGUGUCUAAGACUCAUAAUGUUGCUGCUUUCUGAAAACUUAUGAAAUCAACAAUUAGUCAAUUACCCUCUUUCUUUUUCUCUCUCUUUCCUUUUUUUAUGCCAUGAUUUGAAGAUGAGGUUCAGACAUGGGGAAAUUAAAUGAUGUAGUGAGUUAGGAAAAUUGAGAUGAAGAGAGAAUUUGUGUAGAGAUUUUGUAUUCUUUAUUUGAUUGUAUCUGUUUCUUUCUCAUGUUUUGAUUGGACAAUUUGCAAAAUUUUUCAUUCUC